CGGCUCCGGUUCCCGUGCCGUGUCCGGGCGCGGCAGGCGGCGUCCCGCCGACGCCUUCGGGCAAACCGGUCUACUCGACGCCUUCGCCGGUGGAGAACACGCCGCAGAACAACGAGUGCAAGAUGGUGGAGCUGCGCGGCGCCCAGUUGGCCUCCUUCUCGGUGGAGGGCUGCGAGCUGAUCUGCCUGCCUCAGGCCUUCGACCUCUUCCUCAAGCACCUGGUGGGCGGCUUGCACACGGUCUACACCAAGCUCAAGCGCCUGGAGAUCACGCCGGUGGUCUGCAACGUGGAGCAGGUGCGCAUCCUGCGCGGCUUGGGGGCCAUCCAGCCCGGCGUCAACCGGUGCAAACUCAUCUCCAGGAGGGACUUCGAGACGCUCUACAACGACUGCACCAACGCCAGCUCCAGACCUGGGCGGCCCCCAAAACGGACGCAGAGUGUGACCUCGCCAGAAAAUUCUCACAUCAUGCCGCAUUCCGUUCCUGGUCUUCUCUCACCGGGAAUUAUCCCACCGACAGGUCUGACAGCUGCGGCUGCUGCUGCGGCCGCGGCCACCAAUGCUGCCAUCGCGGAAGCAAUGAAGGUGAAAAAAAUUAAAUUAGAAGCAAUGUCAAAUUACCAUCCCAAUAAUAACCAGCACGCAGCAGAGUCUGAAAACGGGGACCUAAAUUCUGCUGUGGGCCUUGAGCUACCUUUCAUGAUGAUGCCCCAUCCGCUUAUUCCAGUCAGCCUGCCCCCAGCGUCCGUCACAAUGGCCAUGAAUCAGAUGAACCACCUUACCACAAUUGCAAAUAUGGCUGCCGCAGCACAAGUACAGGGCCCUCCCUCUCGAAUGGAGACAUCUGUGAUUAAGGAACGAGUUCCAGACAGUCCCUCCCCUGCUCCAUCUCUCGAAGACGGUCGAAGGCCUGGUAGCCAUCCAUCCUCACAUCGUAGCAGCAGCGUAUCCAGCUCCCCUGCCCGAACUGAAAGCUCUUCAGAUAGAAUCCCUGUUCAUCAGAAUGGCCUCUCCAUGAACCAGAUGUUGUUGGGCUUAUCUCCGAAUGUCUUACCUGGUCCAAAAGAAGGUGACCUGGCUGGCCACGAGGGUGGGCAUGACUCCAAAAGAAUGCACCUGGAGAAAGAUGAGACCCCGCUCUCCACACCAACCACAAGAGACAGCCUUGACAAACUUUCGCUAACUGGCCACGGACAACCUCUUCCUCCUGGAUUCCCAUCUCCUUUUCUAUUUCCUGAUGGAUUGUCCUCCAUAGAAACCCUCCUGACGAAUAUCCAGGGGCUCUUAAAAGUUGCCAUAGACAAUGCACGCGCUCAAGAAAAGCAAGUGCAGCUUGAAAAGACGGAGCUCAAAAUGGAACUCUUCAGGGAACGAGAACUGAGAGAAACUCUUGAAAAACAGCUAGCAGUAGAGCAGAAGAACAGAGCAAUAAUUCAGAAAAGAUUAAAGAAGGAAAAGAAGGCGAAGAGGAAAUUGCAGGAAGCGCUUGAAUUUGAAACAAAGCGGCGAGAACAAGCGGAGCAAGCGCUAAAACAAGCCGCUUCCACCGAUAACCUCAGGGUCCUAAAUGAUUCUCUGACCCCGGAGAUAGAAGCUGACCGCAGCGGGGGCCGAACAGAUGCUGAGAGGACAAUACAAGAUGGAAGACUUUAUCUGAAAACUACUGUUAUGUACUGAGUUUGUCCAGUCGGAACAAUGUGUGUUACCAGUCCGGAGGACUCUGCAGUAAAACAUCCAGUGUUUCAGAAAUUCUGCAAAAAAAAGUGGAAGGUGCUUUGCAGAAAACUUUUAUCACUUCACAUAGCCAUGUGCGGAGAUUUUAAGCAUUUGAUGGGAGCAUCCUCAUUGCAUUGUCCAAGCUCCAUCCUGUGUUACAGAAGAUAUUUCUACGAAUUUGUGUAGCAUUCUAGUAGCUACCAGGAAAUCUGUACUGAGACUCCAGAGCAGAACUAUAUAUUCCCAUUUCAAUGGAAUAAGAACUAUAUUCUCUUCUGAAUCUUUUAGGCACAUCAAGGAAAUCUUCCACUUUUCAUCUUAAGCACUCUUAUGCCAAACCAGCAAGAUGUUAGAGAAGAAUGAAUAUUCCUCAAAUGGGCAUCAGAAUAUUCCUAAACAAAAAACACACACACAAAAAAAACUGAGGUUAAGAAUACACAAACAACAUGUUAUAUACCAUUUUCUUUUUUUCAAAUUCUGGGAAAUGGAUUUUUUUUUUCACACAGCCUCUUCAAGAGAGCAAGGUGUACCUUAUAGAACUUAAACCAGUUUUAUCUCAACAAAAGAAGUACAGAGGUUAAACAGCAUCACAUGUACGAUUUGCAUUAAUCGGAAGAAGAAGAAAAGAAGAAGAAGAAGAAGAAGAAGAAGAAGAAGAAGAAGAAGAAGAAUGAUGCUUAUAAUUUCUCACGCUAAACUGUCAGUAUAAGAGGGAUGACAAGUUGUUCCUCAUUUCUGAAACUGUUCAGGUGUACAGUAUAUAACCACAAAAACCACUCACAGAAAAUAUUAUGUAUGCAGUAGUAUACUAGAUUUUAGGAAAACAACAAUUUUAGAGAAUAUGUUUUGUCACCCUGUUGGUCCAAACACCAUCUUUCUAAUUUUAAACGCAUGCAGGCAUGUAAAUAUUUGUCUUGAAGUCACAGUGUUAAUGAAGGGAAUCUUAAUUGUCUGGGAGGGAUGACCACCUUUGUAUGUAUAUGCUGAAAAAAGGGCACUUUUCAGAGUGGAUUGUGGCCCCAAAUCAAGUCAACUCCCCAGAAAUAUUUUUCUAUAUUAAUGUCAUAUUACUUCAACCUUGCCGGGGGAGAAAAAAAAUUGUCCCCAAGGUUGUAAAGACAUUUGAUGUAUCAGUCCAAUACCACGUAGAGCUAAGUGAUGAUCUUCAGUCUUUUGUCUUUCCAACCCACCACUGUAGACGGUUCUGUGUUAUUUUUAUUGUCUUUAUAAAAACAUUCUCCUGUUUUUUCACUUUGUGCUCAUAACUGGAAGCGAGUUGAAACUAAGUGUUUUGUACAUUUUCAAUUUUCUUCUUGGGCUCGGCCAGCUUCUCCACAUUACCCCUUUAAAGACCACUGAGAAGGAUGUCCAGUCUUUUCUGGAUCUCUAAGUUUAGAAAACACCUUUUUAUGGAAUUCAUAAUUGAGAACGUUAAGCAUUGAUUCGUUUGGAUGACCUUGCGGUAUGUCAAAAUUUAGAAUCUGUUGGUAUGGAAAAUUUUCAACCUACAUUUUUGUUUGUUUUGGCAUGCAUCAAGACCACACCUUCAUUUUACAUCUUAAAAACUAUCAUUGAAAACACAAAAUAAAGCCUUUGUUCCUUUUAAAUCGUAACUAGUUAAGAAAAUCUGAAAUCAUAUUUUCUUUUGAAAGAAAGUUGUGCAGUCUUUAAAGGGUUAACAAUUAUCAAUUUAUGGACUUUUGUGGCAAAUGGCUAGUUCUAUACCAGAGGAUUUUGGUUAUUCACUUCACUGACAAAACAGUGGUUCCAGUAUCUCUCAUUCCUCUCAUCCUGGCAAAAAAACAAAAAAA